AGCCAUAGCCACGCCCCGUAACCACGCCCACGGCGCCCCUAUGGACACCCUCCGAGCCGCCAGGGGGCGCUGUGCGUGCUGUGCGCUUCCGCCGCCUCCCGCCACCUCCGGUCUCUUUGCGCGGCCGCCGCCGACAUGGGACGCGUCCGGACGAAGACGGUGAAGAAGGCGGCGCGGGUGAUCAUCGAGAAGUACUACACGCGCCUGGGGAACGACUUCCACACCAACAAGCGCGUGUGCGAGGAGAUCGCCAUCAUCCCCAGCAAGAAGCUGCGCAACAAGAUCGCGGGGUAUGUCACCCACCUGAUGAAGCGAAUCCAGAGGGGACCCGUCCGCGGCAUCUCCAUCAAACUGCAGGAGGAGGAGAGGGAGAGAAGGGACAACUACGUCCCCGAGGUCUCUGCCCUUGACCAGGAGAUCAUUGAAGUGGACCCAGACACCAAGGAAAUGCUGAAGCUCCUGGACUUUGGCAGCCUGUCCAACCUGCAGGUGACACAGCCCACAGUGGGGAUGAACUUCAAGACGCCCCGAGGAGCGCUCUGAGUCCGUCCCUGUGUGUCGCUUUUCCAAUAAACGUGAGGAAACCA